AUGAUAUCGAUCGACUCCGACUCAGUCUUGUCUGACUGCACGUCAUCAACCACCGCGUCGUCCGAACGAUCCUCACCUGCACUGCUGUGCAGUGACGAAGAUGAUCCGCUCAUACCGUCUGCUGCGGACAUCAAGCGAACGUAUCACGUUGGAAAGGCGACAUGGGCCUUCUUUCUACAAGAAGCGCUCAAUAUGCCUCAGGGUCUUUGGCCGACGAAAUUAUUGGACCCAUACAUCGCUCUGUCCCAAGUACCUGCACUUCCGUCCGAGCUGCCUCGCAGCAAUGUCCUGCAUGGAAGACCACGUUGGCAUCUUCGACAGCGCGCUCGAGGUAUAAAAUAUCCAGAGACGUCUGUAUCCGGCAAUGAGUGGGAUCCUGCGCUUGUUUCCGGUCGUCGCGUUACCUUUUGCCUGGGCCACCAGGACUCGCUUCGCUGUGGUAUCUCCCCACAGGCUGCAGCAUGCUAUUUGGGCACUUCAUCAAUGACAAUGAACAGCAUCGCUGUCUUGACAUUGUGCUGGUCAUACGUACUCUCCACCCGAUUUCUCGAGCUGCAAGGUAAACUCGUGCAGUAUUCCACCCAUCGAUUACGGCCACAGAGAGGAAGCAAACCGCACCAGCCAACGUUGUAUCUCGACGGUGCAUCGCCUGCGCUUGUAAGGUGGCUCUGUGCGAUCUUAUGUCCCGGUCUGGGUUGGAGCGCCCCAGGAAAGCUGCUGCCACCCUGGGCUGCUUCCAUCGAUGCGAAUGUGGGAAUUGCCGUCUCGGCGCCAGCAUCAGCUGAAGGAACCUUGGCCGCACCAAACUCCUCGGAGGCGAUUGAGCUUUUGCUUGAGCUUUGCCGGCUGUGCGGUCUCGGAACGGAGGCGGAUCAAAAUGAUCAGGACUGGACAGCAUUGCCGCCGUACAAAGCAGGAUUCUUUGCAGCACUGAUGCUCCCAUUCUAUAGGUUCACGGGUCUUCGCCCACAAUUUCCGCCUCCUCAUCUCAGCACGAAAGAUGCCGCCGGGUUCGACGACAACAUUGACCAGGCCGCUACUCGCCGGUUGGCGCAAGGUUUGCGUUACUUUAUGACCCUCAGUCUGCAUCCGCCAUCACUGGGGUCAAUCCUGUGGAGCAUUUUCUGGCAGCCAGACAUCGAAUGCAACCUUGUGAGCCCAUGGCUCGCUGCAAUUAUUGAUACUUUGGACCCGACCAUCCAUGCCAAGCGGGCGGAAAUUCUGGUGAAAACUUUUGCCUCGCGCCGACCGAAAGUUGCAUUCUGGUGGCUGGCUCUUUGCCUACUUGGCGACGUCUCUGUCUUGGACUGGAUUCGACGAUAUGCGCAAACUCAAUCCGAACAAUACGGCUACGGGUCUUUGUCGCCGCCCGACCCGAUGGUAUCAGCCUGGGUUGGCUCUAAGCAGUCUUUCCUGGACUUCGAUAAGACGUCUUGUUACACUGGACCAUCAGAUCUAGUUACCCGCGCCGAUCUCCUUCGAUGCCGUUUUGAUUGCAAGCUUCAGGAUUCCGCUUCUACAACUCUCUCUUGGCGUCCAUUCGGGCAUACGAGCAAGCAGUGCAUCGAACCAGAUCUUUGGCCGAGCUUAGAAGCUGACUAUGUCCGUGAAUACUCUACAUUCACCUGGUAUCUCGGGAAACAGCGGCGGGCAACGAGCCUCGGGUAUCAGCGCGAAUCCGGGAGAGCUAUUGAAGAAGUUCGUGACAUGGUGGAGGUUCGCCUGCCUGGAGACAAAUGCCAGGCGCCCUGUCGGCAUGACAUAAAGCUUGCCCCUUCGAAAGAAGCUACACUGAAUAUGCUGUCAUUGCUCGUGGAAGACGCGUCCGGUACGCGACACUGGGCCAACGCUGCAGUUCUGCUUCAAAAUUUGCAUCCAUGGAUGCGUGAUUGGGAGGGUCUCGACACCAUGGAAAUACCUGAUCGCAGAGCUCCCGACGCCGACGAUACUCCCAAACGUCCGUCGUGGUUCCUCCAAGAAUGGAUAGAAGGAAUGCACGAAGGCAAUGAAUGA